AUGGGAAUUGAGAAUAAGGACACAGAAAUGAGUAACCGUAACUUUGAGGGUAGAAGACGAAGGAGAAGAGGAACGCCGGCAGAUGAAACUAAGAAUAACAGUGGGGAUGACAAAGAUCUUGUGCAUGAGUUUGUUAGUGCUGAUGGACUUGCAUGUCUCAUCAAAGUGGGUGCUGAAGCUGACCAAAAUUACCAAAAUUACAUUCUCAGAGCUCUGGGACAGGUGAUGCUCUAUGUAGAUGGCAUGAAUGGAGUGAUAGAACAUAAUGAAACGAUACAAUGGUUAUAUUCGCUCAUAUCAUCCAAAUUCCGGUUAGUGGUGAAGACAUCCCUCAAACUUCUUUUAGUUUUCGUAGAGUACACAGAAUCCAACACAAAUCUUUUGCUUCAAGCAAUAAACAUAGUUGACAGAAGACAAGGUCAUCAACCCUGGCAUAAUGUAAUGACCUUACUGAAAGAUGAACAACAGGACAAUGAAAUCCUAGUGUAUACCAUGACGCUUGUCAAUAAGGUUUUGAAUGCAAUACCAGAUCAAGACACGUUCUACGAUGUAACAGAUUCCCUUGAAGAACUAGGCAUUGAUAAGGUCCAAAAGUCAUAUAUGCACAGAAACAGUGAUCCUGAUCUACAAGAACAGUUCAAUAUUUAUGAAGCUUCACUGAAGCAUGAAGACGGGGAUGCUGAUUUACCAAUGGAGAGGCAUAAAGACCUCAGACAACGACAGCGAAUAUCGGACACAGUACAGAAGGAGAGAAAAGGAAAAGUCGAAGACAUUCUCAUUCAAUGAGAAUAACUGAUGCUUAUAAAGUGAAAAAUGCAGUGAAAGCAAUCAAGUCAGGUUUAAAAGUUACAGAUGACGACAUUUCAGCAAGGCCACAAAGAGACAGGAGGAGAAGAGAAAGAAGGAGCAGGCAUUCUUCAUCAGAUGAAAACAUAUUUACAGUUGUAGCACCAAAAGAACCUACGUCAACACCACCUCCACUUAUUGAAUCUCAACCAGUAACUACUGCCAGAGAAAGUAUAGCAGUGAGAAGGGCACGGCUGCAGGCAGACCGUCGCCAACAUCUGCCAUCUGACGAAGAUAAAUCAAAAAUGAAUGGGACACCUGUACGGGCGCCU